AUGAGCAGUAACGAAUGUUUCAAGUGUGGACGGUCUGGCCACUGGGCCCGGGGAUGUCCUAGGGCAGGAGGGAGUCGAGGGCGCGGAGCCAGAGGUCGUGGUAGAGGUUCUCCGUGCAGUUCCACCAACCUGUCUGACAUCUGCUACCGCUGUGGUGAGUCUGGCCAUCAUGCUAAGAACUGUGACCUUCUCGAGGACAUCUGCUACAACUGUGGGAGAAGUGGCCACAUCGCUAAAGACUGUAUGGAGCCGAAGAGAGAGAGAGAGCAGUGCUGUUACACUUGUGGCCGACCGGGCCAUCUGGCUCGUGACUGUGACCGUCAGGAAGAACCGAAGUGCUACUCUUGCGGUGAAUAUGGCCAUAUUCAGAAAGACUGUACCCAAGUCAAGUGCUACCGGUGUGGUGAGAUCGGCCACGUGGCCAUCAACUGCAGCAAAGCAAGCGAAGUCAACUGCUACCGCUGUGGCGAGUCCGGGCAUUUGGCCCGGGAAUGCCCCAUUGAGGCUACUGCUUAG